UCACUGUGUUAAGCAAAGACAAUAAUCGCACAUGGCUCCGAAUUCAAACCAAAGACAAUUCAACCGCAUCGUAUUAUCGGUAAUAAUAUCUAAACUUUCAGACCACAAAUCCAAAAAUCCUGUGUGAGGCAAAAGAUGAGUCACACUGGACAAGAAGCUGAGGAUGAUGUUCAACCAAGAGCCUACUGGAGAUGGAGCAAAGAUGAUUUCUUGCCCGAAGAAUCGUUCCGAAAUCGGAGCACCUAUGUGUCCGCGCUGUCGCAGACGUGUUCCCGGUUCAAGGACCGCCUCGUGAGUCGCUCGGACGAUGCGAACGAGAUCAACGAGCUUCGUAAACAAAGCGAGAACGACAUGAAACGUUGUCUCACCUGGUGGGAUCUCACAUGGUUCGGGUUCGGUGCGGUCAUAGGCGCGGGCAUCUUUGUGUUAACCGGUCAAGAGGCUCAUCGUCAUGCAGGACCGGCCAUCGUCUUGUCCUAUGUGGCUUCGGGAAUUUCGGCAAUGCUUUCCGUGUUCUGCUAUACAGAGUUCUCGGUAGAGAUCCCGGUUGCAGGCGGAUCGUUUGCUUAUUUACGAAUCGAAUUAGGAGACUUUGCGGCGUUUAUCGCAGCCGGGAACAUACUUCUCGAAGGCAUCGUCGGAGGCGCCGCGGUCGCGAGAGCAUGGACUUCUUACUUCGCCACUCUCAUAAAUCGUCAACCGAACUCGCUUCGUAUCGAUACGAUGAAUUUUCUCUUGGACCCUAUUGCAGUUGCAGUUUUGGCCAUUGCUUCAACCAUUGCAAUGAUCAGCACAAAGAGAACUUCACAAUUGAAUUGGAUAGCAACGGCAUUGAAUGGUUUAGUGAUCGUGUUUGUGCUGAUUGCCGGGUUUUUUCAUGCCGAUCCGUCAAAUUUGAAGCCUUUUUUACCAAAUGGAGCCAGAGGGGUCUUCCAAGCAGCCGCGGUCGUUUACUUCGCUUACGGUGGAUUUGAUAGCAUCGCUACCAUGGCUGAAGAAACAAAGAAUCCGUCAAGAGACAUACCAUUAGGAUUACUGGGAUCGAUGUCGAUCAUCACGGUCGUAUACUGCUUGAUGGCACUUUCCCUAACUAUGAUGCAGAGGUACACCGAGAUAGACCCGAACGCGGCCUAUUCGAUGGCGUUCCAGAGUGUCGGAAUGAAAUGGGGCAAGUAUCUAGUCGCUCUCGGUGCUCUUAAGGGUAUGACCACUGUCCUCCUAGUAGGUGCACUCGGGCAAGCACGAUACACUACUCAUAUCGCACGAGCACACAUGAUCCCACCCUGGUUCGCACUAGUCCACCCGAAGACCGGAACACCGAUAAACGCAACGCUUUUGACAACCAUUCUGAGCGGUCUCAUCGCGUUAUUUUCGAGCCUCGAUGAAUUGGCGAGCUUGCUAUCCGUGAGCACUCUAUUCAUAUUCAUGAUGAUGGCCGUAGCACUACUUGUGAGGAGAUACUACGUGAGGGAAGUCACGCCGAGAAUGAACCUCAUGAAGCUUAUAAUAUGCUUGUUGAUUAUCAUCGCUUCCUCGAUGGGAACUUCGGCUUACUGGGGACUAAGGCCGAAUGGAUGGGUCGGGUACGUCAUAACGAUACCCCUAUGGUUCGCGGGGACGAUCGGAAUAGCGGUAUUCGUGCAACAACAGAGGACACCGAAAGUUUGGGGGGUGCCGUUGGUUCCGUGGCUUCCGUCGUUGUCGAUUGCGGUAAAUAUCUUCUUGAUGGGGUCUUUGGCACCUCAAGCUUUUAUAAGGUUUGGGAUUUGUACAAUGGCAAUGAUGGUUUACUACAUUUUUAUUGGUCUGCAUGCAACUUAUGACAUGGCACAUCGACAACAAAAAUUAGACGACCUCGAGGUUAAGAAUAAAGAUGAAGAGGAGAAACCUAAUGUUUAGAUUUAUGUUCAGAUUUUAAGUUCGUAUUUAAAAUCCGUGAAUGUUUCUUUUAAUGUUUAUCUUUAAAGUUCGAAUAAGAAUUUUCGUCCGGACCGGGAUGGGGUUUACAUGUAAGA